AUGGCGCUGACGCUGUACUUUGCCCUCGGGCCCAAGAGCCGACUGCCGACGGUGCUGUGUGCGGCCGUGCAGAUCGGCUGCCUGCUGACGUACCUCGCAAACUACUUUCCCGGCGGCCUCACGACGCUGCGGUACGCCGGCACGUUCCUCGCGCGCGGGGGAUCGAGUCUUCUGCCUAUAUAG